CGACCAUAUUCGACCCCAAGCCACGCGCUGCACAACUAUACGCAUACCAAUUCCACAAGAUAAUAUGUGACUACCUCGAUGACGAUCAAACCCGAACCGUGGAAGUGGGAUGGUCACUGGGCCACUGCAACAUCGAAGGAAACGAGAGGGCGGACGAACUUGCAAAAGAAGGGACACCUCUUGCGUCAACGACACAUAUCACCCGAUCACACGCACUCAGAAGAUCCAAAGAACGCAUACAAUCAACAUGGCGUCGAGAGUGGAAGCAACGCAAGCGAACGGGACUCUAUACAGACGCCAACCACAUCCCACCAUCAACACAACCGAGUCGACACUUCACGGAACUCAGCGGAAAACGGGAGUUGUUC